CACCGACGGGGCCCAACGAACCGGUGGACAUGGCGGGGGUAGAGUCGAACCGCUACGUGAGCCGCUCUUGCCAAACUGGCGGUGUCACUGGCUUCCAGUACAACGGCUCUGGCGACGGCAUCACGGACGAGCUGGUCGAGUGCUGCCAGAAACUACUCCAGGUUCCGACCGACCCUCGCAACAUCUACAGCGGGCCCGAAGAGGCGCCCGUGCGCCUGGGACGGCGUCGCAACGGUGCCUCGGACGCCGACGCCAGCGCACCUGCAGGUGGGAGCAGGAGGUUCAGGCUCAUCGGCUUCCUGAGCCGUUUGCACAAGCCGAAGCAGCCGGCGGAGAAGACUCGGCCAAGGUGGUCCGCUCGCGCACGGCAGCGCUUCCACAAGCUGGCGUCGUGGAUGCACGCACUGCGACUGGCGCUGCGCAUCCCGGGUGAGACACCGGCGCCAAGGAGGACUACCACAGCCCGGCAGCGGCCGAGGGCGAGCACUCGGCGUUCGUGGAGGUCGCCGCCAGCGAAGAGGACGACACAGAGUCCUGGCCGCCAGACUGUUUUCAGGACAUCCCUCUGUGAUGGGUGCCUGGCUCGCUCCAAGGCCGCCAUAACGACACAGGGCAGGGUCGGGCACUGUCAACUGUGCCUGUUUUCCUCGAAACUUCACUCGUUUUACAUUGCAAGUCAGCUUGGUGGCCAUAGACUGACCUUCCUGAUGCACCGGCUUCAGGGUUAA